CUGUUUUUCAUCGUUGUUGUUUUUACACAGAUAUUUUUCAAAGUGUUUUGUGGUUGCGAUUUUCUGGUUUUGCAGUAAUUUUCUUGUCAAAUCAUACAGACACUCAUUUUAUUCCGUUAAAAUAAAGUGGUUUUAUAAUUACGCGCUUCCUCUAAGCGUAAGUAUUGUAACAAAGGAUUAUUAACUUGGAGAAUGCAACUGGAUGCGCACAUUAAUAUGGCCUUCAGCGGUAAAUCAACAUAGAACACCGUUGCAGUAACUGAACUUCGGCAAACGCAUAUUGCGUCACAGUUCAACCUGCUGUGGCAUGAACCGGAAGUCGACGGUUUUGCACCACAAAAUGCGCAACGCGUUACUGCAUGUUUCCUCUGAACUGACCAUUUUCUCUCUCUUACACUUCCAUGUACAAAACAAUUUUUGUAACUUAAAAUUAAUCUCAUUAUUUUUUCUUGGGUCGUUUUUCUUUUCUGGUUUUAUGGAAAAGUAGUCGACAUUAUCUGUAAUCUAUAAGAAUGCGGCCGCCGGCAGUCAAUGGAUUUCUCUUAACGGUUCCUGGCGCAAUGACGUUUGUGGCCUUGUUAUUUGCCCUUGCGGGAAUAAUAUCCUACGAAAUUUUCCGGCUACAGGAACCAACCGUGCAUCUCUGGCUAACCUUCACAUACUCCAUGUACACUUUUCAUGAAGUAAACGUCAUUGGUUCAUUCAUUACCCUGGUGUUAUUAUUCGUUGCAUCGAUUGUUAUAUUAUCUUGCAACACAAAAAUGAACGGGAAUAUGCUGAAGAUGGUGGCGCUUGUUCAUGCUGCUAUCUGGACAAUUCUUUUAAUGGUGUCCUCGUCAGCUAUGGUUACGCGAAGUUGGCACUACUUUUUCUUCAAAGAUACUCCAAGUUCACGUGCUAGGGAGGUGGAUCUGCAGACGGUUAUGGCUUCCGGCGUGUGCGGAUUAUGUGAAAUGGGAUGCUUAAUAAUUACUGUUGCCAUUCUUCUCUUGGACCGAAUUGGAAUAUUUAAAACAAAUGCAUAUCAGACAUAAAAUUUCAUAUACCUAGCUAAACGAAUUUCGAAUUUGCAAUUAUUUUUCAAAAAAGUUGUAUAAACUUCCCGAUGGGAGUGCGGAUAAAGUAGCUUGCAAUAUCAACCUCCACUGCAGAGAUGCAUAUGUUACGAUGGUACCGACGUGAUCAUCGACAAAGCAGAUGCGUCAGUGGAUUGUGAUUGAUCAUGCAUGACUGUUGAAGAACUAAUUACGUGUUUUUCUUUGAAAAUUUUCAUUGUAAAUUUCGUUUAUGGAAAAAAUAGUAACAAGAAAUUUUAAUUAAGAUAAGUGCAGAGUAUGACACCUUACUCUGCCCGUGCGCGUAACAUAUCAACACUACCUUGAUAGUAAGUUAGUAAUUAAAAAGUAUGGCAUUUACAAAGCGCGUAUUGCGCAGCAUACGUUCUGGCGAAGCCGGUAGCUCCACAAUCACACUAAAGUGUUAGUCCUAAAAGUGAAUAACUAUGCCUACCUCGUACAGAUAAUUAUUCUAGAACACCAUAUUGGUCUACAGCAAUCAGCAAGUACUACAACAGGCAUAAAAUUAACCGUACAUACAAACAGCAUUAAUUAUAAAUGCUACAUUUUACACCAGACACUGGCCAUAUAUACAUAGUUUUACGUACUAUACUUUAGGAUUGAGGAAAUCAUGUUGUAUUUGUCAUUUGCUAUUAAAAGCCGUAAAGCACUACCAUCCCCAUUCACCGUCACACAAUGCAAACGAUAGCGAUAGAAAGCUGUGUGGUGAUAAAGGUCAUAUUUGUCUUGCGUUAUAUAAGUGAUAAGAUUGUUAGAUGGGAGCUGCCCGGAAAGUUUGUGUAUGUUUAGCAAUGCUCAUAGUCUUAUACGCUAUGGAUGCUUGUGUUAUUGGCGUUCUUCAAUAAACCGCAACUGAUCUGCUUAUUUGUUCUCCCCCUUUUAAUUAAUCCGAGAAUAAUUCGAAAUGAUGGCGGAAAUGCCUCCAUCUGGUGGGUCCUUCAAUGGCGGCUACCCUCCGCCCGCAGCGGCCAUGCCGGCCUCGCGAUCGGCUGGAGGAAUCGGUUUUAAUAGGCGUUAUUUUACCAGUAUUGGCGGUAUUUGCACGGUUGUCGCUAUGGUUUGCGCACUUAUUGCCAUGAUCUGCGUUGAAUCAACUGUGUCACAACCCGUGGGCUGGCGCGCUAGUCAAGUGGCUUUCCAUGAGUUUUCCGUCAUCACAUCCUGGAUAUUCCUGAGUAUCUUUAUUGUUUUUGCCGGGUUUUCUGUGCACAACAUGCUGGGAUUGACGGAAUCCACGAUGAAUUUUAUUGUAAUUGGGCAUUCCGCUUUUUGGUGCUUCUUCACUUUUGUUUCCUCGUGUGUAAUCGCGACCCAUGCCAAUGCACUCAAGCCCUUCACUAGCCUUGCCGGAGUCAGCGUUGCCGGCUACGAAGCCAGUGCAGCGUUUGGAUUUUUUGAAAGUUUUGCCCUCCUUGGCGCUGCCGUGAUUACCGUGCUCCACGUGGUGAACAAAUUCCAUGCACCCUCGUUUGACUGAUUUUAAACCGUACCAAAACGUUGGUCUUUGUUUUCUGACAACUGCCGUAGUAAAACAGACAUUGUCCAGGUUCUUUGUUGGCGAAUUUGCAAGAAAAAUAUUUAGUAUAACUCUGUAAGAAGGUUGCGCUCCGUAAUAAAAUUUGGAAAUAUCUGA